CGGAAAUAUCUAUUUUAGCCCUCUCGAUUUAUUUAAACCAGACUGUUACAUUAACACAAGCCUGCCUCUCACUCUCUCUCACUCUCUCAAUGCUUCGCAAGAACAAAUCCAGCGAAAACGUAAGAGGAUGAUUCUGUGAACGAUCUGCAAAAUCAAUCUCUUUCCUGUGAAAAUUCUUGAAACUAUUCAACAUUCAAUCCGUGAUCUUGCUGAAUUUAUCAUUGGACAGAUUCAUUCCAAAUCGAUCGGCCAUGGAUUUCGAUUACGCUCGCUACAUGCUCACAGGCGCCGCGGUGAAAAACGAAAGCGCCGAUCCCUGUUCUUCAAAGUCAUCUCUCUACAGGAAGCAUCUCGCUGAAAUCUUGAACAUCAACAGAUCGAGGAUUCUGGCUUUCAAGAACAAAGCGCCGCCAUCUUCAAAGCACACUUCCAAUUCUUCUUCUUCUUCUUCUUCUUCCCCUAUCCGCCAUAGAAAAUUAACAAAGCAGAAACGACGAAUUCACAAGUUUCCAGAGAGGAUCUUGGAUGCUCCUGACACCAUCGAUGAUUUCUACCUUGAUUUAUUGGAUUGGAGCAGCGGCGACGUCAUUGCUAUCGCAUUGAAAAAUGAUAUCUACCUGUGGUCCGCCUCCGAUGGUUCCACCGUUGAGCUUCUCUCUGCCUCCGAUGAAAUCGGGCCGGUGACGAGCGUCAGAUGGGCUGCAGAUGGGAGGCAUCUCGCAGUUGGCUUCACUAAUUCCCAUGUCCAAAUCUGGGAUACUUCAGCUAUGCGAAAGCUGAGGACGCUUCAAGGAGGGCAUCAUCUAAGGGUGAGUUCCCUUGAUUGGAACAAAGACAUCCUAACAAGCGCAGGAAUGGACGGUUUGAUCAUAAACAACGACGUGAGAGUGCAAUCGCACAUUGUGAGCACGUACCGUGGGCACAACGAUGAGGUGUGUGGUCUGAGAUGGUGCCCCUCGGGAGGCCAGUUAGCGAGCGGGGGGGACGACAACCUAGUCCACAUAUGGUCUCUCUCUUCCAAUCAAUGGAUCCAUCGCUUCGAGGAGCACUCUGCUGCAGUCAAAGCCCUUUCCUGGUCCCCUUUCCAUAGCGGCCUCCUUGCAACUGGUGGGGGGCUUGGAGACGAGCGCAUCAGGUUCUGGAACACCAACACCGGGGCGUGCCUCAACUCAGUCGAGACUGGAUCACAGGUCUGCUCACUGCUGUGGAGCUCGCACGAGAGGGAGCUUCUCAGCGCGCACGGCUUCAGUAGCAACCAGCUCACUCUUUGGAGAUACCCUUCCAUGGUUAAGAUGGUUGAGCUUGAAGGCCAUACUUCUAGAGUGCUUAGCAUGGUCAAGAGCCCGGACGGAUAUAAAGUAGCAUCGAUUGCUGGUGAUGAGACGCUGAGGAUCUGGAAUGGAGUUUUCGCGACUCCUCCAAAGGGGAAGAGCGCGGAGGAGAGGAGGCGGGAGCCCUUUCCGAACAUACCUCGUAUCAGAUAGAUCAACUCCAUCCCUUGUUGGUGUUAAGAUUUUUUGUAGAACAGUAGUAAAAAUAUAAAACAGAACAAGCCUGUCUUGGCAUUUUUAACAUUAAUUCUGGAUAAAACCAUCACUUGAGUUGUUUGUAAUACUAAGAUGAUACAAUAAAAUAGACCAUUUACAUGGAA